AAUGAUUCGUCGCAGUGGUAUUUUUAUUAAUUUUAGCAAAAACAACAUAAAUGUAUAAAUAAAUAUAUCGUUUAUUUGCAAUUUAUUUGAAUGUAACAAUAACAUAAGUUGUUGUGAAAGUUACAAGUAGUUUAUGUGUCAGUGAAGUGUUUGUUUUUGAUUCAGAAAAACCGGCUUACAAGAUGUGGAAAGCGACGACAGAUGUAAAAAUGCCGGAGCCAGAAGAGGCUGAUGAUUGGGAGACGGACCCCGACUUUGUGAAUGAUGUGACGGAGCAGGAACAGAGAUGGGGUCCAGGCGGCAGACAUGUUGAGGCCAUUGACAUGGCCAAAUUGAGAGAGGAGGUUUUGGAGGCUGAUAACAUGGCCAAAAAGAAACAAUAUGAGGAGGGACCAAAGCCGUCAUAUGGUUACGGCGGUAAGUUCGGUGUGCAGGCAGACCGGAUGGACAAAUCGGCUGUUGGCCAUGACUAUGUCGGCAAAACCGAGAAGCAUGUGUCACAGAAGGAUUACGCUCAAGGUUUCGGCGGCAAGUUCGGCGUGCAGACAGACCGAAUGGACGCGAGCGCAGUCGGCCACGACUACGUGGGGAAGGUGGAGAAACACGCCUCGCAGUCGGACUACAGCCGCGGCUUCGGCGGGAAGUACGGGGUGCAGACGGACCGCGUUGAUAAGAGCGCAGCAGGCUGGGAGCACAAGGAGCAGAUAGAGAAGCAUCCUUCACAGAAGGACUACGCAGUCGGCUUCGGCGGGAAAUUCGGCGUGCAGACAGACAGACAGGACGCCAGCGCUGCGGGCUGGGACCACAAGGAGGAGACGCAAGCGCACGAGUCACAGAAAGACUACGCGGUCGGCUUCGGCGGCAAGUACGGCGUGCAGACGGACCGACAGGACGCGAGCGCGGUCGGCUGGGACCACAAAGAGAGGGCGCCCGCGCACGCCAGCCAGGUCGAUCACAAGAAGGGUUUCGGCGGCAAGUUCGGCGUGCAGACGGACAGGCAGGACGCGAGCGCGCUCGGCUUCGACGCGGCGCCGCGUGAGCCGCCCCCCGCGCGCCCGCGCCCCGACACCGCCGGCGCGCGCCCCUCCGCGCUGCGCGACCGCUUCGAGAACAUGGCCAAGGAGAAGGAGCAGGAAGCUUUACAAUCUGUCCAAAGGAUAAGACAAGAGCGACAGAAAAUAGACAAGACACUCACAGAAAAGGAAAAAGACAAGCUAGCCAAACAGCAAGAGGACGAACCUGUAAAGGUUGAACCGGUGAAAGUCGAACCCGUCGUCAAAGCGGAGCCGGUUGCGGUUGAACCGAAGGAAACCACAACAGAAACCAAGGUUGAGGAGCAAGCGGAGGUUAAAGCGAACCUGCCCGAUGUCACGUUGGUUGGUGAACCCAAAGACGACAACCACGAAGUGUAUAAAGGGGAGAAGGAGGAUGGUCGCCAAGUCACCAUAGUGGUGUCUCCGGUCGGCUGGGAGGCGGGCGAAGGCGACGAGGCCGGCGGCUCCGAGGACGAGGACGGGUACACCGCGCUCGCCCUGUACGACUACCAGGCGGCCGCCGCCGACGAGAUCAGCUUCGACCCCGGCGACCUCAUCACCAACAUACUGAUGAUCGACGAAGGCUGGUGGCAGGGCUUAUGUAAGGGCGCGUACGGCCUCUUCCCCGCCAACUACGUUCAGCUGCAAGACAAGUAGACCGGAAGACCAGAAGACCGAGUAGACCAACGAAAGACCCGAGUAGACCAAGAAAAGUAAUGUCAGCAAUAGAAAGGACCAUAAAUGCAAAUACUGUUUUGCCUUCUGUUGGAUUAUCAAUCCACUUUUUUUUUAUUUCUUGUAAUAGGCUGCGCCUGGCUGAUCGCUUGUACUACUACUAUAAGUAUGUUGAAAUCUUGAGAGGUGUCAAGGGACA